CCCGGCGGGUCCCGGCGGGUCCGGCGGUCCGGCGGCGGCGGCGGCGAGUCUAUGUCGGGGCGGGCGUGGGACGACGAUGCGCGAGUACAAAGUGGUGGUGCUGGGGUCGGGCGGCGUGGGCAAGUCGGCCCUGACCGUCCAGUUCGUCACGGGCACGUUCAUCGAGAAGUACGACCCCACCAUCGAGGACUUCUACCGCAAGGAGAUCGAGGUGGACUCGUCGCCGUCGGUGCUGGAGAUCCUGGACACGGCCGGCACCGAGCAGUUCGCCUCCAUGCGGGACCUCUACAUCAAGAACGGCCAGGGCUUCAUCCUCGUCUACAGCCUCGUCAACCAGCAGAGCUUCCAGGACAUCAAGCCCAUGCGGGACCAGAUCAUCCGCGUCAAGCGGUAUGAGAAAGUGCCAGUGAUCUUGGUAGGGAACAAAGUGGACCUGGAGAGUGAAAGAGAAGUCUCGUCGAAUGAGGGUCGAGCCCUGGCCGAAGAGUGGGGCUGCCCCUUUAUGGAGACAUCUGCUAAAAGUAAAACAAUGGUGGAUGAGCUUUUUGCAGAAAUUGUCAGACAGAUGAACUAUGCAGCUCAGCCAGACAAAGAUGAUCCAUGCUGUUCUGCAUGUAACAUCCAAUAGCAUAAAAAUUCUGGACCUAGCCCGGACCCCAUCGUCCACUUUUUGUAAGAUGACGAAGUUCUGUCUGCUUUACUGCCUGGUUUGCAAGAUGUGUGGAAUGAGUCUCUAGUGAAGCAGCAAUACUCGUUCAGAGCUGAGCAGUGAAUGUCAAUCCUUGUCUCUGAAUAUAUUUGGGUCUGGUAACUACAGUUCCAUCACCAUCUCCUUGCGCACCUGCAACUUUGUGGCAUAGCCAGUCGAUCUACAGGGUGAUUUCAUUGAAAGCUAUGUUGAUGUUGUCUCAAAUCGUAGCGGCUCAUGCAUAAAUUAGGAACAGUCUAGAUGGAGAAAUGAGAAGACCUGCGAUGACCAUUCCCAGUUAAACAAUUCCAUCCUGAUUUUCGAAGAUCUGCAAGGGAGAUAUCUUUUGCCGUCUGCUACUUCGGGGCUUCUGUUGGUACUUUCUGGCCGGGUUUACUCAGCCAAAUGUGGUCAUUUCAGUUGAACUGCUCACAGCAGCCCAGGGAGAAGUUCUCUCUGAGGCCUGUGUAUUAUUACUUGUUUUCCAAACUGAGACUGUUGUUCACUUUGUGACAUGGAACAAUGUCAUUGCAUUGAUCCUUGAAAGAAAAAGGUCUGUAUUUGUGGUGGGAAAACACAGUUGGGGAUUAGCAUGUGUAAAAUCAUCCGCUUUGCUGCUGAAAAUGGGGGACCUCUUCAGGUUUUGAUCAGGCCAGAAAACCAAACAAACCCUCUGUUUACAAUGCAGGAAGUGUCGUUACCGACCAAGGAGGAAGCAACUGUGAUGAAAAUAAAUUGCUUAGCCUUACUAACAAGGAGUGUUGUAGUAGAUAAACUAGUUCCAUCUUGUAAGGAAAAUGAAGCCAUGUUGCAUCCAGGUGUUCCCAUUUGUGGAAACCUCUCAUGGGACAGUGCAAAUAGUCUGCAUUUUUAAGUUUGCUAUAGACAACAAAUUCCUUCUUGCCUUCAAGGGCUAUGGUUUGUGGUGUGAUCACUGGGUAGCCAUCCUUCAAAAUCAGAGUUUGCUAUUUUAGAGCUCUCUUCCUUAAUUGAGUAACUAUUUGAUGCAAAGGAGACCCUAAAUUAUGGAAAAAAUAAUUAACCAAUGGAAAGAUUUAUCUUUAAUUAUCUCCCCCAAGGGUUGUCAGGCAACAGUUUAGCCAUGAUUAGUGAAAUGGCAGAUAGAAUGGGAAUGAAAAUUUUGUUUUGACAAGGUGCUCAAGUUGUGACAUUUAUUUAUCAUAACAGUAAAAUAGUAAUCAUUUGCAUGGCUAAUGGCACAGGAAUACCUGUUCGGAAGUUUUACAAUCACAUGUUGAAGGGUUUUUUCUUUUUUUUUCAAUCAAAACUGAAAUUUUAAAUGCUGGUAAAAUUGCCUUGAGCCUGGACCUUUGCAAAUAAAAUUGGCCUUCCAAACUGUAA